AUGGGCAUCAUGAGCAACGGACACGGGUCUCCCUCCCAGUCACGCAAAUUGGAAGAGCAAGCCCAGAAGCUUGUCGAGGCAUCCUCUGCCGGCGAUAUCCCCCAUCUGGAAGCAUUGCUCGAGGCGGUGCAGGACUUGAACCGGGACCCGGCCCAUCUCCCCACAGACGGCUUCCUUCUCCAGACUGCCGCCAGGCAAGGCCAGGCCGAGUGCAUUCGCUUUCUUUUCGAGCGCCUCCCCGGCUGUGUAGCCCGGCCGAACAAGCGCUGGGAUCCCGUCCUGCCAGACGGAUACAGCUACACUGACAUUCCCGACAAGUGGCACGUCUACAAAGACGGCGUUAUCCACGAGGCUAUUGGCGGCAAGGACCCUGUCGGGCUCUUCCGCGUCUUUUUCAACUACGGCAUGAACCCCAAUGUCGGCUUGGGCUACGCCGGCUCGCCCCUGGCCCAGGCCGUCUCCAGCAACCAGCUCCCGCUCACGGAAUACUUGCUCGCCAGGGGCGCCGACCCCAACGGCACCUACAUGUCCAGCAGGCUUUUAGGCGUGGCAGCGAGGCAGCCGACCGACGACGUGCUGCGCGCCCUCGUCGCACACGGAGCGCUGGUGCUGGGAUCGCAGGCCCUUCAGCAGGCUGCGCACUAUUGGCGAGCUCGCACCGCGGAGACGCUCCUGAGGCACGGCGCCGAUAUCAACGAGGUGUUUGCCAGGGAAGAGUAUGACGACAGCAUGCAGCUCGUCCGGGUGCCGUUGGGCUGUGCGCUGCACUUUGCCGUCGAGGGCGGCAUGCGCGGCGGCGGCCCGGCUGAGCAGAGCGACUUUGUGCGGUUUUUACUUGGGCGAGGGGCGAGGACGGAUUUGGUCAACGAUCGGGGGGAGACGCCGGUGCAGAUGGCUGAGCGUCUGGGCAAGACGAGCAUUAUUGACGUUAUUCAAUCGCGGGGCGUGGAUGGGUAG